UGUCCUUCCAAGUGUGUUUGUUAUUGGCAUGCAGUAAUGUCUUGAGAAAAGGUUGGAAGUGCAGAAAUGACCAUAUUAAUAUAGAUCGCUGGUAUAGUCAUUUAGUUGCAUGAGGAAUGAGUAAAAACAUUACACAGAAGUAUCAUCCUCUUUUGAUACAGGAUUUAUUUUGUCUGACAGCAGAUAUGACUUCCCGCACAUGCAAGAACUGUGGUUGCUCCGAGAUAGACCUUGACCAGGCUCGGGGCAAUGCCGUCUGUACCAGCUGUGGGUCUGUGCUGGAGGACAACAUCAUUGUGUCCGAGGUGCAAUUCGUGGAGGGCAGUGGUGGGAUUUCUUCAGCUGUGGGGCAAUUUGUCUCAGCAGAUGGUCCAGUAAAGGCCCCAGUCCUGGGGACUGGAUUUCACACCAGCCUCGGAAAGGAGUCCCGAGCUCAGACUCUGCAGAAUGGCAAACGGCAGAUCCAUAACCUGGGCAGCCAGCUGCAGCUCAACCAACACUGCCUGGACACGGCCUUCAACUUCUUUAAGAUGGUGGUCAGCAAGCACCUGACGCGUGGACGCAAGAUGGCCCAUGUCAUCGCUGCCUGCCUCUACCUGGUCUGCCGAACCGAGGGCACGCCCCACAUGCUUCUGGAUCUGAGUGAUCUCCUACAGGUGAACGUGUAUAUCUUGGGGAAGACCUUUCUCCUUCUGGCUCGAGAGCUCUGCAUCAACUCCCCAGCAAUAGACCCUUGCCUGUACAUCCCUCGUUUUGCCCACAUGCUAGAGUUUGGGGAUAAGACCCACGAGGUGUCCAUGACGGCACUACGCCUGCUGCAGAGGAUGAAGAGGGACUGGAUGCACACGGGACGCAGGCCCUCUGGGCUGUGUGGGGCAGCCCUGUUGGUGGCUGCACGGAUGCAUGAGUUUCGGCGCACCGUCAAGGAUGUGAUUGGAGUGGUGAAAGUGUGCGAGGCCACACUGAGGAAAAGACUGACAGAAUUUGAGGACACCCCCACCAGUCAGCUGACCAUCGAUGAGUUCAUGCGGGUGGACCUGGAGCAGGAGUGUGACCCACCCUCCUUCACUGCUGGACAGAAGAAGGUCAAGUUACUGCAGCUUGAACAGGAGUUAGCCAAGAAGCUGGAUGAAGUGCAAGGUGAAAUCAGUUUGUACCAAGAUGAAAUUGAGACAGAGCUGGAGAAUAGCAGGCCAAGGCUCAGAGGGAUUUAUGCUGCCUACUCCAAAGAAACAGACCCACUGGAUGAGGUCUUCUCUCAGGCCUCAUGCUCCAGCCCCACAGAGGUGGACCCUGAGGAGGACGAGGAGCUGGAGGCGGUCGCCCAACACUUCAACCAGGACUACAUCUGCCAAGUCAUUCAGGGGCAACAGCAAGGCGGUGAAGGAGGGGGCGAACGAGGGACGGAGCAGUCCCCCACUCCACCUCCACCACCUAAAGUUGGCCCCUCCCUGAAUUCCAUCCUGGGUCCCCUCCCAAGUGCAGCCAGUCUGGGGCUCUGUGAGUCAAUCCAGGAGUGCUUUUCUGUGGACAAGAACAGCGAUGACAAGUCGGAAAGAGGGGAAUUGGACCUGGAUGGUAUCGACGAUAACGAAAUUGAGAGGUAUAUCCUCAAUGACAAAGAAGUGCGAAUUAAAACGGAUCUGUGGAUGAAACAGAAUGAAGAAUAUCUGAAGGAGCAGAAAGAAAAGGAAGAUAGGAUAGCUAAAGAGAAAGAGCAGGGGACCUACAAGGAGAAGCCCAAGAAAACGUCCAAGAAGCGGGAGCCCAUUCGUGCCAGUACGGCGGGCGAGGCCAUCGAGAAGAUGCUGGAACAGAAGAAGAUCUCCAGCAAAAUCAACUACGACGUGCUGCUCGACCUCAACAGCAAGGGUGGCAGCCCCGCCCUGCCCACAACCGUCGACGAGCCGCCCCCUGGCGCUCCUGGGAGGAAAAGGCUGAGUCGCCGCAAGAAACAGCCCAACAAGACCAACCUGAGCCUGGCCAACACGGCCAGCAUCAUGGGCAAGAGACUCCGUCCACUUAUAUCUUCUACACCCAAAAAGAAGAGAGCCUCUUCACAGGUAACCCCAAACCUAACCCCGGCUGCAGCCCUUGCUCGGCCCAACAUCUCCAGCCCGCCGACCCCCACGGGACCAACCUUGGAGGAGAAUGGCCCAGUGGCCUAUGACGAAGCGGCUAGGGAAGAGGAGGAGGAGGAAGAGGUGGAGGAGCCUUGUGUCAGUGCGUUGCAGCUACUGGGAGGAAACGAGUAUGGCUGUGAGGCUGAAGAGGAAGAGGUUUUCUAAGCGCAUCUUUUCCCUUAUCUUUUGUCUUUCAUCUUAUACUUUGUAUACCCAAAAACAUAAUGGACAAAGUCAGCUGAAGGGAGUACAUAAUAAGGAAAUGGAAAACCAAUUGAAAUCCCUUGCUAAAGGAAACAUGGAACGUGGAUGUGUUUGGGGAGAGCUACGGGGUUAGGCAGUUCUUUGUUCCAGCACAGCUUUAGUACACCUGAUUCAGCUUAUAUACACCCUGAUGAGUAGCAGGUUAGUGGAUUGUGUGUUCUUACUCAGUUGGUUGCAAUUGGUGUAUAGUACGAAGUCUUCCACGAAGAUGGAGGUACCGUUUUAAGGUUAGAAACUCUGGAGGGUAUUAGAAUGAGACGUAGACAUAGUGACUGGCUUCACGUGAUCUUCAAUGAUUUUGAACACUAGUAACUGAAGAUUUAACUUCAACAAAUGAACUGACUAAUUAAACCAUGGACAUGCUGCCCCCCAUCUCAUAUCACAACCUUUUCCAUUAUUAUAAUUUUUUUUACAAAUAUCCACAAUCACCCACAGAAACCUUUCUGCCGUUCCAGUUGACAAUUCCUGCAUUAGCUCUGUUAUGCUCUGUAGAGAGGGGCUUCAUCCCAAAUGGCAUAUUAUUAUUAAAAAAAAGAUUGCACAUGUACAAUUUUCAUAAGUAGUAUACUAUUAUAGGGAAUAAUGUUCUAUUUGGGAAAGUCAGGGAGAUGGGUGUGUAUCCACUCAAUGUUGGCCACCAAAUUGCACAAUGAGUACACAAUGCCUCAUAAUUACGCUCAGUCAACACCAGAGUUCUCUUCAAUUCCUGUCAAAGAAAUAACAUUUUAGAUUUUAUUGAAUUAAAUAUUGGAAUUGAGGCCAACUCUGCUUCCAUCCUAUGAUCUUGAUGUAAUCUAACUUUAGGUUAUUCACAAAUGCAGUUACCGAUAACAUCAAUGACACAUUGAUAAGCAAUUCAUAAAUGUGUUAUAAAAAGUCCCAACUGCAUUAUAAAAUGUUUAAAAAAAUCUAUCCACUGCAUAUUAAGUUAGCAAAAUAUUUUAUUUAGGUAUCUUAAAAGAUGCAUAAUUGCAAUGAAAUUAUGCAAUUAUGAAAUAUAAUUGUUACAACUUUCUGGCACAAUCAGUAAACAGUAAAAAGUUGCGAUGUCAUACUUAUGGUAGAAGUUGUCAUACACCACAGCUUAGAGACAAUUAGCAUUCCAGAUUCAACCCACUUGGUUUAUACAACUGCAAAUAUAAAAAAAAGGUUGAUUUAGUUGGCCUUUUAUCACAUUGUGAGAACAGCCAUAAUGAUAGCAUUCUGGGUCAUUGUAAUGAUGAAUAUAUUAACAUGACAUAAUACAAGCUCUUGCUUAGAAUAGUAUUACAUGCAUUAACUAGCCUUUAGUUCAGUUGGGACUUGUUAUAACAUGCCAUUAUUAUUGAUGUGUAAUGAAUACGUUAUUGAUAUUGAAAGUACAUUUUUAAUCUUUUUUUUUAAAAUAGACUGAUUGGUAAGGUAUCCAUUUUAUAAAAUAUGUACCUGAUGAAGAACACUUAUUUUUAAAACAAAAAGAAGUGCUGCUGUUGUCAUAAUGGACCUUAAUACUUCAGAUGUGACAGGAAUUAUUAAAGCUCUGAAUGCUUGUUCCAGCCUUUUCAAGCUGUUUGAUUAUGAAAGAUGAAUAAGUCAUUUUUACUAUGAUUAUUAGAAGUAAUAUGUUAAAUCUCAACUGUAGCAGCACUUCACUGCUUUGACCUGAGGCGCAAAGUAUCCAUGAAACCUAGAAUGGUACCUGCACAUCAAGGCAGCUAUUUCUUGGUUGUAAGCAAUGCUGAUUUAUGUAAAUAUGAAAUUUCUGCUUUUGUUUGUUUGUAGCAAUGUCCUUGUAGUAUGGAUAUUUUCUGUGCAUACUUUUCAAAAGGGAAUAUCAAGGAACCCAGCUAUAUAUUUUUUUAAAUAACAAUAUUUUUUUUGCCUAAAAUGGCCUUUUAGAUUUGUCUGCAUUUGAUUUGUUUGUAUACCCAUGUUUUAUUACUGUUUAGUUAAUCUAGACCAGUCUUCAAUCCAAGGCGUGUUAAUGUGCACAAUAUUAAAUCUGAAAUCUGAAAAUGCACAUUUAAGGUGUUUAAUGAUGUUUGUAGAAAUGAAAUGUAUAGUGCAAUGACUAAAUGUAUACUUUUUAAAGUUUGCUAUUGUGCAUUGCGGUAUAACAAAACUUUCCUUGCAUAGAAUGCAGUCCCUAGUUAAGGCACAAAAUAACUCCUCAGUAUGUAAUCACGUACAUCCUCUUAUCUGUGAAAAAUUAUAAUUUCAGCAUUCUUUCAAUGCACCAUUUUGUAAAAUAUUUACCUAAGGCAAAACUCACAGGGUAGUAUUUUAAAAAGACAAAGUGCUGCGAUUUCCAUAAUAAACCUUAUCAAAUAUGAUGGGCAUUAUUUGUACAGUAAGCAGUGAUGACUCGUUACCAACCUUUUCAGGCUUUUUGAUAUUGGAAUAUCCAAAUACAGUAAUACUGUCAAUUACAACAUUAGUGAUACCUUAGCGCAUCAAUAAACUAGGGCCUAAUCUAUCUAUGAAAUCUAGAAUACACAAGCAGUCCAAGGCAGCUGUCUCUUGGUAUGACAAUAUGUCGCCUCAUAUGAUUUAUGUGAAGUAAAAAAAAAAAAUGAUCAUGUGCAUACUUUUCAAAAGUAUAUCAAAUGUAAUAAAUGAAACUGUGUAAGAGUGUAAAUAUGAAUCCAUGUUUGGUAGUCCUUGUAUGUUUAUGCAUUGUCCUCUGUAAGUAUUGGUGCUGUGGAUUCACCAAAAGCUUUGAUUUGAAAUCAAACAAUUACUAUUAGGUCAAAGUAUAGAUUCUCAGCUAUUUCUGUAUUUAUUGGUUUCACCAGAGGGCUGCCCCUAUUUUAGGGCUCCAAAAUUAUUUGGAUGGAUUAACAAUUAAGCACUUAAGUAUUUGGUAAUUUUUUUUUAUGCAAUUACUGCCUGAAUGCUGUGACCCACCAGACUGGGUGUCUUUUCUGAUGAUGCUCUGCCAGGCCUGUACUGCAGCCAUCUUCAGUUGAUAACUUGUUAUCGAGACUGCAGGCUCUAGCCAUCCUUUUUUCAAAUCAGUGGUUUGCACUUUGCUGUGAAGCCUCUACUGUUCUGCUGGUGAAGUCUUCUAAGGUUGGUAGUAGCUAACACAUCCACAUUGAUGUUUUGGAGAGGUUUGCUGAUAUGUUACUUUCAGUUUUUUUUUUUUACCCUAAAAGAAAGCUGAGAAUAUAUGCAUUAACCUCAGAUAAUUUUUGGUUUCCAAGUCAGUAAAUGGAUGAACUUUUUGGAGAAGACAGUCUGCUAAAAUGACUGAGGUUUUGAAAUUAAAAGCCAAAAGAUGAAAUUAACAAUCCACUGUCAAAAUGCUUACAUUGUAUAUUUUGUUAAAAAAGCAAUUUAAUAUUGUACGUUUUUUAAAGUUUUAUAUUUAAUUGUUAAGGUUCUGGCAAUUUAGGAAUUUGCUGGUUAAUGUAUGCUUUUGCAUAUAUGUAUAUAUUUAUGCUCUGUGUAUUGAUAUUCUACAUGUCAACAUUGCCCGCUUUUGAACAGGAUCAUUUGUAACAAGUUUAUAUUGGCUGGUAUUCAAUCUAAGCUGUGUUAGUGUGCAGCAUUUAAAGGUGUAUCCUAACAUUUUCAGAGAUAGCAUUUAUUGUGUGCAUGGAGCCUCGAUCAUAUCACUUGGAAAAGUUUGUUUUAGCACACUACUGUAGCACUGUAUUAAAACUUGUUUGAGGAAGAAUAGUUCCUCAACACAAUCACACACAUUCCCCUUUUAUCAGUGAAUAAACUGAUUCAGUUAUUGAAUUGUCUUUCACUGGAUGGUGUACCAUUUUUAUUUUAUAUUUGUCUAAUGUAGUACUCAGUGUGUCAUAAAGUAGAAAAUGGGAACAAUUGUUGCUGUUGUCAUAGCAAACUGUAUAACUUCAAAUAAAUUAUGCCUCUUGUGUAA